AUGGCUCACCAUCAUCUCCUUCCAUUCCUUGCCCUAAUUCUUCUGAUCCUCCCAUCUUCCUCCCAAGCCCAGCAACAGCCAACAGCCUUGUUCUCGGAUACCAGCGGUUACCUCGGCAGCAAUUAUAACAUCACCAUCAGUAACCAUACUUUAUCCCUGACGCAUGAUUGUGGACUUUAUUAUUACGAUCAGUACGAUAAUGGCUCCUCCAAGGUCAUCGACUUCAACACGCCCACCGACGAAGAAGGCUGUUAUCUCACAAUUAACAAUUUCGGCCAACUCGUUAUCAAGUAUUCUAAUGAGAGGAAGAAGCCUGUUACCUUGGGCACUGCUGGCAAAUAUGGAACAUACGCUUUGCUAACCACAAAAUAUGGGAUUGGGAUCUUCGGCCCUCGCUUAUGGGACAAUAAAAUCAAACCUGAAGACCCACAGACCCCUAAAAAUAAAAAUCUCCGGGCAGCACACUCAAGUAUCGUUCUUUAUUCUCCUGAUGAUAAAAGUCGCAAUGCAAAUGAUAAUAAUAGUCUUGCAAUUAAUGGGGAUGUUUCAGUUUAUAUUACUCGCUACUGUGCACUCUCUGUCAAUCAUAUGACGACAGGAAUAAAUAUAUGGAAUUCAAACAGUAGCAGUGCUGAACCACGUAUCUGCUCUCUAUAUCUUACGAGAAGAGGAGUGCUUCCUCUUCUAUAUUAUGAUGAGUCAAACGAACUUCAUACACAGUGGACUGGUGGAGCUCUUGCGGAAUUGAAGAAAUAUUACGUUCUUGUUCUUCGUUAUUAUGGUGGGCUUGAUAUUUAUGGAGUUUCGAUUAACGUCCGUAAUAUUCCUCCUUAUUCUGGUCCUGUUACUGAGAACAUCAAGAUGGUGACUGCUUAG